AUGAUCAGCGUACUGUUGAUAAAAGUGGGAACAUACUCCCUGCUUAGUUGUUGGCUUUCUAUUCUCGCCGCCGUCGCCGGACACCUCUCCCUCCCCAAUCCCCACGCCCACACCCUCCUCCUCAUCGCCUACUCUCGCCUCCACUGCGCACGCCGCCCUUCCACACUCCUCCUCUUCCGCUCCUCCCUCCGCCUCUCACUGCCCCCCACCCGACACACCCUCCCUCUCGCCAUCUCCGUCGCCGCCUCCUCGCGUCCCCACCUCCCGCUCGCGCUCUCCCUCCACGCCGUCGCGGUGGCCCGCAGCCUCCUCCCGUUCCCGCACGUCGCCAACGCCCUCGUCUCCCUCUACGCCAAGAACGCCCUCCCGGACUCGGCGCGCAGGGUGUUCGACGAAAUGCACGCGCCGGACGUCAUCUCCUACAACGCUCUGAUGGACGGGUACAUCAAGGCUAGCCUGCUGGGGCUUGCCAUGAAGGAGUUCCAGCGGAUGCCGCAGCGGGACGCCGUGUCCUGGGGCACCGUGGUAGCCGGGUGCGCAAAGGUUGGAAGCUGGAAGCAGGCCAUGGGGCUGUUUGACAGGAUGAGGGCGGAGGGUUUCAGGCCAGACGACGUGGCGCUGGCCGCAGCCCUAUCAUGCUGCGCGCAGCUCGGGGCCCUAGAGAAGGGACGAGAGGUCCACGAGUACGUAACGCAAACCAGGCCCCGGCCAAACGUGUUCUUGUGUACAGGGCUCGUUGAUCUGUACGCAAAGUGUGGGCGUGUCGACGUUGCCCGAGAGGUUUUCGAUUCGUGUCCUGCGAGGAAUGUCUUCACCUGGAACGCGCUCAUCGUCGGGCUGGCAAUGCACGGGCAUGGCACAGUGGCACUCGAGUACUUCAACCGGAUGCUGCUUGAGGGUGUUCGACCGGAUGGAGUCACUUUCUUAGGGGUACUGAUUGGUUGCAGCCAUGCUGGCCUGGUUGACAUGGCAAAGAGGAUCUUCUCCGAGAUGGAGGGCAAGCACGGUGUGCCUCGGGAGCUUAAGCAUUAUGGAUGCAUGGCUGACUUGCUUGGUCGAGCCGGGCUCAUCGAGGAAGCGAUUGAGAUGGUCAAGAAGAUGCCAACAGAAGGGGACACUUACGUCUGGGGAGGUAUACUCGCGGGUUGUAGAAUGCACGGGAACGUGGAAGCAGCGGAGGUUGCUGCGAGACAUUUGCUGGAGCUCAACCCUCAAGACAGCGGGGUAUACUCUGUCCUGGCCGGGAUCUAUGCACAUGCUGCUAGGUGGGAGGAUGUUGCCAGGGUUAGGAAAUUGAUGGAUGAAAGGAUUGCUAGGAGAAAUGUCGGUUGCAGUUCGAUUACAGCGGACCACUAGCAUAGCACACAAUAUGCUGGCUGAUCGCAGACCGUAGAUUCUACCUAGAAGGUCACCACUGCAAAGUAGAAGCUGGUUCAGUAAGAGGACUGCUACUCCUAGGAGCGGCAAUGACUUGUGUCGACCGGCAAGGUCAUUAGUACAAAUCAAACCAUGUCAGGAGAACAUCUUCUUUACUAUUAAAUGAGAGAUGAUUAUGGUGGUAUGUCAUUCACCCCUGCUCCCUUUCCGUUGCUUCCUCUUGGAAGUGGCUUGUUUGGUCUGCCAAAUUGAUCCUUCCAUUGCUUCCUCUCUGAUAAGAUAUUUUUGAUCCUUCAAGCACUACAGCAGGGCAUAUAAAGUUAGCUUCCACUAUGAGCAAUUCCAUUACGUCUAGCGACAAUGAAAAUUCACCUGAAUACAUAAGUCUUAAUCGUCAACUGAACCUAGCUUUUAUUUUGUUAAAUACCAGCUUAAUCAUCUCAGACGGAUUGAUAUCUUCCUAAUGACCAUUCAAAAAUAUCUUCCUAAUGACACCAUCAACAAUAAAAAUAUCUUCCUAAUGACACCAUCAAGAAUAAAAAUAUCGAUUCAUUAAACAUACCGGUGGUCAAAAUGAUUGGAUCAAAUGAUGUCAUGCAGAUGAAACGAUGCAUCUUUCAGUACAAUGAAAACUUGUUCGCUAAUUAAGACAUUGUAACCAUCUGAACUAUACUAACAAAGAGGAUUCCUUGCUUAAGCUUUAGUGUAUAAGUGUAAUGCUAAC